ACUGUAGAGAGCCGCUCGAGGAGAGACUGAUGAGAGACUGACAGCUAGCUGACAGCGCAGUCCGCGCGGCGCAGCCGAGCGACCGGAUUGAGAUCACGAUAGUCAUUCUACUCCGUAAACAGACUUUUAAAUGGCGGCGCCCGUGGAUUCGCUCCGAGGUUAUACUGAUGGAGCUCUUCUCCUCGAGAAACUUCCGCUCGAACGGGCAGAAAAGUUCCUGAAUGAACUCGGAGCAUCCCUCUCGGGGAAACAAAAGGACGGACCGCAGUCGAAUCAAUACGCUGAGUUAUCGCCGUUGGACUUCCAAGCAUCCACAAAAGCUCUCAGCGAACUGUUCCGGAAUCACUGUCUAUCACCGAGCUCGAACUCUGCGGACCUAGCGGCGCACACAAGCCUGUCGACUCCCUACAAAGAAAAAAUACGGCUAAUUUUCAGUCGACACGAAGACGAUCUCAAAGCUCAUCUCCAACGUGGGACGAGUUUGCCGAAACAAAUAUUGUGUGAUUUUGAUUGGACAGCUCUGAUCGUCGCCGCAAGCAGUCAUCUGUCCUCGCAAGAAACUCCCCUCCUGCGUCUCUCGUUGAGCCUCGAAACCCACUCAGGCUCGUCGGAUUCGAGGCGAACCUCAGUGGAAUUCUCGAUGUCGGAACUAGAUUCGACGAUAGCCCAGCUCCAAAAUUGUAUCGAAGCUUGAGAUACGCUUCCGACUAGGCGAGACUGUAUCAGACGAUGCACUGAAUCUGUGAAUAAAAGCACAAGACCCCCUAGGUCUGGCCGGGUCCUCAUGUAAUUUAAGAGACUGCGGCGGAAUCGAUCACCAUCUCUUCGAAAAAGAAGGGGCCAAGGCGGUUCUGGAUAUGCUCCCACAAAUUCCCGAUUCGCUGCUGGUGAGAAGCCGCAAGGCUCAGGGGCCAUGAGUGGUUGACGAUGUCUCAGACCUCACUUACCUGAGUCCUCUGAUUAAAGGCUUACUU